CUCGCACACAAUUUGAAUUAUUACUAAAACGUGGGGUUAAUGAUGGGGCUCGACGUUAGAAGGCUUGAUAUCUACAGGAAGGUCCCGAAAGAUCUCACGCAACCAACACUAGCGGGAGCGAUAAUCUCUGUGGGCAGCUGCUCGUUCAUCGUAUUUUUACUUCUCGUUGAACUUUGGUCUUUUAUUGCGACUGAGACGAAGAAUGAACUUUUUGUGGAUGAAGCACAUCCAGACGAUAAGCUUUUGGUUCGACUAAAUGUUAGCCUCCUGAAGUUACGCUGUGAAUACAUCGGGUUGGAUAUUCAAGAUGAAAUGGGGCGACACGAAAUCGGAUUUGCUGAGAAUACGCAAAAGAUUCCGUUGGACAAUGGAGAUGGUUGUCGGUUUGAAGGCGAAUUCUACAUUCAUAAGGUCCCUGGCAACUUUCACUUGUCUACUCAUUCAGCUAGACUACAGCCUCAUAACACAGACUUUGCUCACAUUAUCCACAGCCUAUCAUUCGGAGAAGACAUCAGAGGAAGCAGUGUACCAGGCGCUUUCACUGCAUUGUCCAACAUAACAAUGGAUGAUAAGAAUGCUGACUCAUCAUUCGAUUACUACAUGAAGCUAGUGCCAACAAUCUACGAGAACCUGGACGGUCAGAAACAGUAUUCAUAUCAAUACACGUUUGCUAACAAGCAUUAUGCACAGCAUGCACAUGGACAUCGAGUCCUGCCAGCCGUGUGGUUUCGGUAUGAUCUCAGUCCCAUUACUGUCAAGUACACGGUGACAAGGCAGCCAUUCUAUCACUUCAUCACAACAGUCUGUGCGAUCGUCGGGGGCACGUUUACGGUCGCAGGCAUCAUCGAUUCAUUGGUCUUCACAGCCGCUGAAAUAUUUCGAAAGGCAGAACUCGGUAAACUGAGUUAAGUAACAAAUUCCUCAAUAAUAAUACAGUAAAU